AUGCUAUGGAAUGGUUUUCAGAAGUCCUGGCCUAUAGACAUGUCUAUAUACUCUGAGGAUGGGCCACGCAGUAUUAGUCGGCCAACAAAUGAUCGAAAUAUAUCUAUCCAUCACUCUCGGGUCUACGUUCUGGGAGACCGCUACGACAUCACGCGACUAGUGUAUCUUUCUUUCAACAAACUUCACCACACUCUCGUAGAUUACGACUUAUCCGAACACAACAUUGAUGGCAUCGUGAAAUUAUUGCGAUUCUGCUAUGCAGAAGCGGUGCCGGAGAAGCUAAGGCAGCUGGUGGUGCACUAUGCGUCCUGCAAUGCUGAUGCUGUGGAAGAGUGA